AUGAAGGUGUUGGAGGUCUCGCGACCGUCGGGAGAUGUCUAUUCGCGUGUCUCAGCGAGUGACAGCGCCUCCAGCGGUUCUCCGGCGGCUCAAAGCGACGCGUCUCGGGGUGAUGCGUCGCCAAACGCGUCGCCAAACGAGCCUUUGGCGCCGGGCGAGGAUUCGCCGUCAGAGGAGCUCGAGGAGAUCCCGUAUGCUAUGGUGACGACGGAGGCUAACGAGAUCUGGCAGUGCUGGGCCGGCGGCAAGCGGCUGAUCAACUUAGCGUCGGCGGGUGCAGAGACCACCUCUUCGGUGUACCUGUCGAUGCACUUUUCGUUCUCGGGCAAGUUCGGCGCCUUUCGGACGGACGACGGCUUUUUGGUGAUUGCGCCGAUGAGCGCGCUGCGUCUGCCGGUGGGCAUUACUGCGGCGGCGGCGACAGAGGUGACGGCGGUAGGCUUGGCGGCCACCGUCGUAACUACGCCUUCGCUGGUGGCCGACCAGUUGGUCUGGCUGGGCGAUCACUGCGUGGCCAUGGCGGUGCGGACACCGACUUCCGUAAAUGCUAGUCAGUCUUGCGUUUUCAUCGGCGGCCCCGGCUCCAAGUGGAUGGAUCUGCUCUUCCCUUCGCCCGUGAUCUUGGUGGAGGGUCGCGACGUCAAGUACGUCAGCUACGACUGUCUGGGCGUGGUACAAUACACCGAAUCCGCAACGCUGCAGACCUUCGGCCCCGGCAGCUGUCACCCCGCCGCCAUGAUUUGCUUCGCCAUCGACUCCAACGCUAGUCAGCACGAACAGUGGUCCUCCGACGACGAGGACACCGAGAGUGCCAGCCGAAACGCAGGCCUCGCGCCCGAGCUGAGCAAGUUGCGCGAGAAUCUGCGCCGCAAAAAGUGCGACGCCGCGCUUGGCAACGAGGACCUCACCUACCUUUUCUUCCGCCGGCGCUGGCAGCAGCGUCGCCUCGGCGUGCGCCAGAGGCUGAACGACGCAGCCGACUUUCUCGACACACUUUCGCUGUCGGAAAAGGAGAACGCCUAUGCCGUGCUUACAGACGCCGUCCAAUACGAGUAUGACGUGCGCAACAUCGUGGUCAUCCUCAAGGCCAUCCGGCUGCUCGUACCGCGUAUUAAGCGGGAGCAGCGCCGUGUGCCGGCGCUGCAGGCCGCAGCGGAGCCGCAGAGCGCGGCGAGAGUGAACUUCAGUCUGUACUACCGGCUGAUCCGCGACUUCCGUGUGUUGCAUUUGCUGCGAGCGCGUCUGGAGCUGCUGCUGACGUACCAGGACUUCCAGAGUCUGAAACUGCCGCGCGUGGUGGGGCUCUGUUGCCGCGACGCGGAUCUGGCGCUGGAUCUGUGCGACGCUUACGACCUGAGUCGUGUACGGCGCGCGCCGCGCGGGCGUGUGGCGGCCUUGCGCGAGGCGCUGGACACUUUGCGGGACGGCGUCUUGCUGGACCGGGUGGUGUUGGCUGUGAGUCAAAAGGACGGCGCGGCGGUGGAGCGUGAGUUACGUGUGCUCUGGCCCGAGUUGCUGGGUGCGCCUGUGCCCGCAGAGGUGGGCAGUGGCGGCCUUCGCCGCUGUUUGCGCGAACUGGCCGCCCGCCCGCGCCUCGACGUGUACCGCGGCGCUGCCUGGGCCUGCCUCAAGUUCCAGCACCGACAACUCGCCAAGACUGUCAUGCGCCAUGAACGUACACCCAGCGUCGUCCUCUACUUCCUCCGCCUCGUUGAAGACCAUGCCGCCAUCUUCCGCUAUGGUCUCGCACACGACGACACUGACGCACUCGACUAUGCCGUUUAUCUUCACUGCCAGAGCGUCCUCCUCGCCGGUGCGCGCCCUGCCGCGCUCCACUCCAAGUACAACUGGACGCAACUCGAACAACUCAUCCUCGCCGAGGCCCAGGCGGUCGCGGCUGGCGAGGCCGAACCCGGCGUCGGGACCGCUGUUGGAGGCAAGACCGAGGCAGGGGGCAAGACCGGGGGGAGUGGAAAGGUGAUGCUGGGUGCGGGGUCACUGUAUGCCGCGGCGCCGCAGCUGGCGGUACGGUACGUGGAGGAGUUCUUCCGGCGGCGCGGGAGUGAGUUGCCGCUGGCCACGGCCGAUCGCGUGUGGGAGCGUUUCUUGGGGGAGUACCGGCGGCACUGGGCGGCUCCGGAGGCUGCCGCGGGUGCGGGUGCGACGUUCAUUUCGAGUUUGAUCAACACGCGUUCGUUUAUGAAAGACAGCCGGAAGGGGCAGGUGCAGCGGCACGCGGCGGAUGUUAGGCGGUUGAGUAAGACGGCGGCGGUGGGUGUGGCGUGCAGUUACUGCCAGUCACAAGCGUGCACGAGUUGCGCGGCGGGUUUGCCUGCGCCGUGGUUGGAGCGUUACGCAGAUUUGUUGGAAUUGCACAGUCGCGUGUGUGUGGCGGGUGUGAGUGGGGGGGUGUUGCCGGUGGUGUCGCCGCACACGACGGAUGGCUCGGUGAAGGCGUUGGCGCAGGACCUUAUAGUGCGGAACAAUGAGAAGGGUGUGGCGGAAUUGUUGGGUCGGUUGGAGGUGCCAUUGCACGUGUUGUUAUUGUGGAAGUUGGAGGUGCUGGCUGCGUUAGGUGAGUGGGGUCUAUUUUGCGAGUUUGCGGUGCAGGCGGUGCGUGCGGCGGUGCCGGCGUUGGAGUCGCGUCUGAGUGCGGGUGCGGCGUUGUUUGCGAGCCGCCGUGACGACUUCUUUGCGAGGCUGCAACGACCGCGAGAUGCAAACAAGUUGCAGUCGCUGGUGGGUGGUGUGCUCAGUCUUUCCAAGAGCACGCCGGCGCUUGCCCACUUCGCCCCCAUUCUGCCCAGCGAAGUUCAGCAGCCCGCCGAACGUGCCGACAAGCACUGCCCCAAGGAACUUGGUGCCUUCGACCAACUGCCCGUCGUCGACUUUGUCGCCGUCGCCAAAAACCACGACAAACCAAAUGUCGCCCUUUGCCUCGUCCCUUACAUACACUCAACGCUACUCCGCGAAAAAUGGGGCGGCCUACUCGGUCUCAAAUCCGUCGAACAGUUCGCCACUAACGCCAUCGAGUGCGCUGCCGCAAAGUGCGGCAAAAAACUGCCCGGAGGCAAACAAGGAGACUACCAACUCUUCCUCCAACUCAGCAGGGAGGCACUCGAGAACCGCAAAGCCAUGAGCGCCAACCUCAUCCCAGUCCACAACGUUUCCGCCAGUAAGCCGCACUCACAAAACUCCGUUCUCAACUCGAGUCGCUGA